AUGCUUGGAAGUCUACCCAAUUUCCAGUCUUUGGCUUGCAAUCUUCUAGAAACUUACAAGAAUUUGGGCAAGCUACGAGAUGCUCAAAAUAUCUUCAGCCAGAUUCAACAUCCAGACAUUGUGUCUUGGGCAUCCCUCCUUAAUCUCUACCUCCGCUCUAAUCUUCCUGCCGAAUCCCUCGCUGUCUUUUCCCUUUACAUAGACAGUGGAUUCAGACCCGAUAGCUUUUUGGUUGUCGGAACUUUAUCAUCAUGUGGCCGUGCCAAUCAUUUGAUCAGAGGGAGGGCCAUUCACGGGAUGAUCUUGAGAAAUCAUUUAGACGUGAAUUCUAUUAUGGGUAAUGCGCUGAUUGAUAUGUAUUGUCGAAUUAGGAAAAUUGAAGUGGCAAUCUUAGUCUUCGAAAGAAAGAGAUGA